CUCAUCUGUGACUCAAACUUCAUCAGUCAUACCCAUAGAGUUGUAGAAGGUCAUUUCAAACAAAAUAUCCAUAAAAACCUCUUCAAUUUCUUAAAACAAUCAGAGGUCUUUAUGGCCGCUCCAAUUAUUUUGAACAAGCCCUAUCUCAGGAAAAUAGCCUCACUCAAUCGGCCUCUGAUACAGAAAACACCGGGGAGCAUUUUUUUGGGACUAUGCAAGAUUACCGCAACUAUCGAGAAUAGUGUAUUGAGAGGAUACGCAGACACGAGCCAUGGGAGUAGUAGGAAGAGCAAUCGCAUGCUGGCAGAUGCAAAUAAAAUCAGGCAAAAUUUAACUCCAACCGCCUCGGAAACUCCGUUUCAUAUGGGCGCUAGCUUUGGAUUAAAGAAGAAAGAUGAAUCGCAGACGGAAAACAUGCCAUCUCAUUCCGAAAGCGAACCAAAAAAUAAGCCGGACAGAGAGAAGCAGGAGAAAAACAACGAUAACAGCAGCUUAGAGGAGUUUGAUGACACAUUUGAAGACCCGGAGCCUCGUCUACCUAGGGCAGUUCAAGCGGCUUACCUCGGACCUUUACGUCGUAAAGUUACUUAUGGGAUCCCAGUCUGUGAUCUCCAGCUACGCUCAUACAGUGUCCGUAACCUUGAAUUCAUGGCUGAUGUUGCACUUCGAGCUGCAUAUUUCCUUGAUCUGCCCGCAAGUGGCCCAGUUGCUCUACCGCGAAUCAUCGAGCGCUGGACCGUCCCCAAGGCGCACUUUAUUCAUAAAAAGAUUCAGCAAAACUAUGAACGUAAGACUCUUCGUCGACUUAUACAAAUCAAGGAUGGCGACUCCGAAGUUGUACAUCUUUGGCUAGGAUUUUUGCGAAAACAUGCGUACUAUGGAGUUGGUAUGAAGGCGAACGUUUGGGAAUUUUGUGGGCUCGACGUGGCUAAGGACAUGGAUGCCGCCCUCGAACAAAAUCGUCCCGAAAUAGAGCCACUUCUAGCACAGUAUGCUUUCAAAAAAGGUAGCAAGCUAGGAGAUGACUUGAUUGAAAUUGUCAAUGCCGAAAAUAGGUGGCAAGCUUAUGGAGGAAGCGCGCCCAUGAUGAGCACACCAAACUGGCGAAAACCCUUAAAUUAA